CAUUCCCCAACUCUCUUUACUCCGUGUCCGUAGAAGAUGGAAAGUGGAUUACCUUUGCUUAAUUGUCUCUUGCAGCAGACUCUCAGAACCAUUUGCACUUCUCCUAAUUCUUCCACUCCUUCCAAGUGGGUAUAUGCUGUCUUCUGGAGGAUAUUACCUCGAAACUUUCCUCCACCGAGGUGGGAAUUAGGAGGAACUGCUCUUGAUCUCUCCAAAGGAAAUAAAAGGAACUGGAUCCUUGUCUGGGAAGAUGGGUUCUGCGAUUUUAACGAAUGCGAGCAAAGGAAGAGUGGUAGUGGUUACUUGAACGGUAGAUUUGGAGCUGAGUUAUUCUUCAAGAUGUCGCAUGAGGUUUACAAUUAUGGAGAGGGACUCGUGGGGAAAGUUGCCGCAGAUAAUAGUCACAAAUGGGUUUACAAUGAGAGUCACAACGAGUGUGAGUCUAGCUAUGUUGCUUCAUGGAAUGCUUCAGUCGAACCUCAACCAAAGGCGUGGGAGUUUCAGUUCAAUUCAGGCAUUCAGAGUAUAGUCAUAAUCGCCGUCAGAGAAGGCGUAGUGCAAUUGGGUUCUUUCAACAAGAUAGCAGAGGACCUGAAUCUGGUGAUCAGCAUACAAAGGCAAUUCAGCUACCUUCAAAGCAUACCUGGUGUGUUUGGUAUUCAAAGACCAUACUUACGACUCCAACACCCAUACAUUGUGAAGCCUAGUUUCAUAGCAAGCAAUGCAAUGCCUCUAUAUGAUAUGGGGUGGAACACCCCACAGAAUGGAGCACCAGGCCCAUCUCUUUGUUCAGGUUCUCCUUCUCUACCAUUACCAACCAUGCCUUGCAAUUUUGGAGCUUUGCUAUCAAAGUUACCAUCUGGAAUCCCUUCCCAUAAUUCCACUCAAGUCCCUAAUGCAGGGACACAAAGCAUCAUUGAGAGAGUGAAGAUUGAAGAUUGUGAAUUUCAUCCCACCCAUGAUGAUGAUCACAAAGUAAAGUCACUCGUGAUGGAUGAUCCUAUGAUGGUGAAGGAAGGAUGGGGUUGGAGAUUAGAAUACCGUGGUGGGGAUGGAUGAAUGGACACGGUGGCCUAUCCUAAUUUGAAGCGUGGUGUUCCAUCAUCUUGUGGGGCUGUGAUGAAAACGAAAUGAAAUGAAGGCAGUGAUAAUUGAAGUCAGCAACUCAGCAUCAAGCUGCUCUGGGCGACAAUUAGUAUUUGAGUCCUGGUCCCCCAACACUGUACUGUUUCCUUGACAACUCGAGUGUAGGAAAAUUAUGUUUAUGAAUUCAUGUGUACACAAACUCUCACUCACAGACACACACUAUUUUAGAUAUUCUUGUCAGGAAUUAGGUCUCAAACCGAAAUAUACUGUGACAUAAAUUAGACUUUACAA